UCAAGUUGCUCUAAACCACCAUCGCCCCUACGAAACGAGAAAGACACACAAUCUUUGUUGCCAGCGAAGUAAUCUCCACAGUAUUUUACAAGGAAAGACAUCAUCAGUACGGAACGGAAGAAAAGAGUUCGCUGUUAGGCAGACAACAGUGUUUUACUGACUAAAGGUGAUGACGACACUUGCGAUUGAGGAAUAAUGGUUCAUAACGGCUGAUGGCUACAUCUUGCCACGGUUGAAUUGGUAAGAGACGUUUAUUCCCGUCUCUAUUCUAUAUAACGCAAGAAAAAAUUUUUGUCUGAGGCAAAGGUAUCAUCUUGAGUAUUAUUUUCUUUGAGAUCAAAUUUCAUUGGAUCGUACUCGACCGGAUGAAAUUACUAAGACGUGGACACGUUGAAACUCAAUACUCUAGCCUUGCAGUGGAUUCUACAUAGCAGUGGGUAUCAACUCUUUGCCAGGAAUCAAUCCACGAAUAAAUUUAUACGUUUAUAUCAAAGCUUGAAACGGAACAAAUAUGGCCAUGACGUGGCAUCUGCCUCCAAGAAGUCUCAGUUUAAUCGUUCUUGAAUCCGUUGCUUCGGUUGCGCUCAUCGUUCUUUCUUUAAUUGGUAAUGUUUUAAUUCUAACAGCGCUAUUUCGUAACCCGCGGCUUAGAAACACUAGCAACAGUUACAUCGCCGCUCUUGCAGUGACUGACAUUCUCAGUGCCUGUGUCCCAGGAACUCUCUUCGCAAGUACACUUAUUGCGGGGAGACUGGUCUUUGGAAUGCCCGUAUGUCGGCUGAGUGGUUUCCUCGUUCACUUCCUCACCUAUGUUUCUAUGACAACGAUGACCUUGACAGCAGUCAAUCGUUACUUCCGCGUUGUAAGGCCACAGUUGUACCGGAAGUGGUUCACCAAAAGGAGGUCUUGGAGCAUUUUAGUCGCUCUUUGGCUUUUUAUAGCCGGCUUCGUUUUUUAUCCGACCGCACUUGGCGUGGGAACUUUCACGUUCAACCCUAUGCUGUCAUUCUGCGCAUACACUUUUGCGAGUAAAAGCGCAGAAACGGUGUUCACAGUGGCAGUGGUCUGCGUAUUUGUCGUCUUUUCCUUGUCGUUGGUUUGCGUGUGUUAUUAUCACGUUUCCAAACAGAUUCGCAGUCAUAACGCUGGAAUACGUCUCUCCCUCCAAGGUGUUUCCGUCCACGAAAUAAAAUUGUCCAAAGUGCUCUUCAUUAUGGCUUUCGCGUUCGCAAUAUGCUGGAUUCCCACGUUUGGAGUCGUCUUGAUCAUAAGGGUCGUUUUAAGAAGGGCCCCACACGAAUUAGCUGUGGUGAUUCCCUUCUUGAUUCAGACUUCAAGCGUUUUGAAUCCCCUCAUAUAUGGAGCAUUGAGUCCACCCUUUCGUCGGGAGUUCCGCCGUUUGACUACGUUUACACGGAGGGCUCGCUCUAGUGAUAUAAACUCAAAUGCAUCUUCGCCUGUAGGACAAAUAGGUGUGGCUCUGGAGCAGAUAUAUAUCAGUCGACUCUGCGGUGUGGAUGAUUCUCGAAGGCAGCAAGCUGGUUGGGACGAACCAUCACAGUUUCCGAGCUCAAAGGUUGCCUGGCCGGUAUAGGCGCAUUUUAUGAAAUAAUAAUUA